AUGGCGUUGGGUCGGCUGUCGAUAGAAGAACAGUUCGGGGCGCAGUGCGACGGGCAUGGGCGCAUUGACGCCCGUGCCGCGCGCUCCCCCACCAGGCCGUGCACGCCGUCGCUCACCUCCCCUCUGACGCCAUGCCACGGCACCUCCCCUUUGACGCCCUGCCACGUCACCUCUCCUCUGACGCCCUGCCACGUCGCCUCCCCUCUGAGGCAGGCCAACGCAUGUGUCACCGCAUGUAACCGCAUUCGCUCCUGUCGCUUGCGCCUUGCACCGCACAUGGCCACUUCAGACCGCGCAUGCAUUCGGAACUGCCGUGAUCUCGCAACGGCGGUGCGGGUGUGGGAGCAUGGGCAGGCGCUGCAGCUGGUUACUGCGGUGACUAAAGAGGAUCUCACCAACUCCAUUGCUGCGAAUAACAAGGCCCUCUGCCUGAUGUACGGCCGAGAUCUCGCGACAGCGGUGCGGGUGCUGGAGGACCAAUUGCAGGCGAGCCCGCUGACAGCUGUGGACGAGACAGUGGUGCUCAACCUGUGCUCCAUGUACGAGCUGGCGGCGUCUGAUACGCUCAACGCCAAGAGCACGCUCAGCAACUGGCUAACCCGCCUCGCUCCUGAUGACUUUGACUUCGCCUGCACUCGGCUGUAG